UAUCAGUGUUGAUUGAUAACGCUUGUUUUAUCGUUACACGUAUCAUUGUCCACCGUUCCAGUUUUAUACCUGUUUUUAGUGCAUCCACUCAUUAGAACAUUACAGAUCUCGACAAUGCGAAUAAACAAUUCAAGUGGAACAAUCGUGUCGAAUCGUAAAAAAUGGCGAUAAAUUGUUACGCCGUUUCAAUAGUAGUGUUUUGUUUAAGUUAUGUUGUUGGUAGUGAUUUCUGUCCGAAAGUGUGUGACUGUGAUAUGGACAGUGGGUUGAACAGAGCGACGUGUAUUGAUCAAAACCUAAUUGGAGUGGACGUGGGAGUGCCAAAAGGAGUGCAGAAGUACAUUCUUACACAUAACUUGAUCAGUGAAUUGGAUAACUUUUGCUUCAAGGAUGCCGGCUAUUUGUCUUUGGAGAUUUUGAAUUUGUCUUACAAUAAGAUAUUUUGGAUUGGUUUGCACGCAUUUUCGGGCCUGGAAAGUUUGGUUCAUAUUGACUUGAGCUAUAAUAGACUAAGAUAUAUACCCUCGGACCUUUUUUGGGACACACCGAAACUUACCAAUUUGGAUUUAUCAUCGAAUAUUUUCGAGAAACUUAAGAAUGAACCGUUUUUAAUGCAUUCGAAUCUACGGGUAUUGAAUCUAAAUAAUUGUCACAUAAUGGCUUUGUCGGACAGACUGUUCACGAGAUUACCAAAUUUAAGAAAGUUGGACCUGAGCGACAACUAUGUCGUAACUUUUGGUACACAAGUGCUCGCACCGUUGCGAAAAUUGCAAAAAAUAGAGCUUAAAAGCGACUAUCUGAAGUGCACCGCAGGCUUCAUGAAUGUCGAGACUUUUAUCAUUGAUCAUGAUAUAAUUUAUAAAAAACAGUGCAGUAAAUUAGCACCCAAGAUGUCGGAAAAAAUUAUAUCGCUUGUUACUGUCGAAAAAGAAGAGGUGAACGUCAACGACGUUUGGAAUAUCACGAGGCCUGAAACAGAGCCCGGUCAUGUGGAAACUACGACGCCUCUGACCCCAUUCGAGAAGUUCGACAAGAAAUUUUCGGCUUUCCAGGCGUUUAUUUUAGGUUUGGAAUUGGGACUAGCGAUCGGUGUAGUUGGUACUUAUAUAUGGUUGCGUCAGUUUUGUAAGUGCGGUCAGCUGACAUGCUUUAGGUCGAGAAGAGAAACCAGGAGAAUCCAAAGACGCCGCGAUGGGGAUAUGAGGACUAGUUUGCUUUGGAAUAAUAUAAUAAGUCCGGAUUUAGAGACUCCGCCCACUUUUCGGAGACAGCUCUCUUUACCUGAUCGCGGUCCACCGUAUCCUACGUACGGGGUACCUGUUGUAAGACAAGCGGCACCUUUACAAGUGGAUGCCAUACGUUUGCCCAACAGAGCUGAAACUCCCCCACCGCCUUAUCACGAGUGCCGCAUCAAUAUGUGACAACGUUAUCAAAAUAGUGCAGACAGGCCUCACUAGGAUUUGUUUAUCAGAAAUAUUUAGUACAAAAAUAUUGUUUGACUGUUAUCGGCUAAACGAUAGCUUGUAUAUAGUGAUAGUGCGUGUUUUCAUUCCGUGAGACCAGAAGUUGAUGCGAUGUGCGAGAAUCGGACACUUGACGUAAGUGACCUUUCACACUAAAAAUAUAUGCAGUCAGUAGCAUGUCACAUAAUACAAAAAAAAAGACAAUAUUCUUUACUAUCGUUUUGAGUAUUAAUGAAAUUAUGAUAAAGUUCAAAAUUAAUUGGUUGUAGUGAUGUUAUCCUAUUUUUCAACACUUUUUCAAUUCUCAUUCAUUACAAUGAAUGCUUGUCCCGGCUUUGUGAAGUUUUUUGUUUAAUAAUGAAGGCCUCUAUAUUGUAUAUUGAUUAGUUAUUAAUAAUUAUAAGGUAAAUAAUAAGGAUAGGUAUUAUAUAAAUUAAACAAUGAAAUGUAAAAUAUAGUUAUAUUUAUAAAUACCUUUAUCACAUUUGAUAUUUCAUAAUUAUCUGUCAUAAUAUAAUAUUACAUUAAAAAAAUAAUAAUAAUGCUAAAAUUCAGACUCAUACAGAAUUUAAUAUAAAUUCUUUAAAAAUAAACAAUUUGGGUAACUAUAUAAAUUUUUUUGUACAUUUCAUAACACAACCACAAUGGCAAAUGAUUUACGUUUUUACUAUGGCAUGAUAAUGGCGUCUUUAUAAUCAACCGAAAAACCAAUGCAUUCAUACUAUUCUAAUUUAUAAUAACCAGUUGUGAAUCUGUAAAUAUAAAGUGAAUAAAAAAUAUAUUAUUGGAAUGUUCAAGUAAAUAUAAACCUAUUUCAAAUAUAACAUUGUAUACAAUAAUCAUACAUUUUGGUUGUAAAAAGGAACACAAGGUUGGAAAUGCGUAGUAAGAGAGAGAAGAAAAAAAUAUGUUUAACUAACAUUUAAAUAUUUAAGAUUUAUAUAAAAAAUGCUAUUUACAAUAAGCUCUUGUUACAUUACUUGUUAUUUGAACCUUGAUCACGUUAAAUACAUUUUAUAUUUACAGAGAUAAAUAAUACUAAACAAUACGUAAUCAGGCACAUCAUGGUAUGUCUGCAUUCAUCUAUAAUCUUAUAAAAUGAAACUAAAUGUCUUAGCUGCCUAUCUUAUUAUAAUUAUUCGAGUUAAGAAAUAACAGCAAGUAUAAAAGUUUAACUUUACUAACCUAUCAAUUUGAUCACUACUCCUUCAGUCAACACAAACCUAGCAAGUCUGCACUUUAUAAAUGCUAUUUAAAUAUCAAACUUAUCAUAUGAUAAUAGAAACGAAAAUUACGUUGAGUGAUAAAACAUUCGAUUGAAAUGUCUGAAGGAGUAAAAAUAGUUGUGGUUUAUGAUUAUGAGCUUAGUUCAUCAUUUUCGAGGGCUAGUUGACUGAUAUUCACGUAGUCUGGAUGACGCGAGAACACAUCCACGAGGUUGCUAAAAGUUGGUCUAGCGUCAGGAUUGUAAGCCCAACAGUCCAACAUCACCUGGUAGAUUUCAUCGGGACAGUUUUCUGGUCUCUCGAGUCUUUGUCCAUUCUCCACUAUUUGUAUUGCCUGUAAACAUAAUAAUUAGAUAAUAUGCUAAAUAUCUAAAAUGAAUAAAUAUGUAGGAGAGAUAGUUUUAUCAAUGGAUUAAAAUGUAAGUAUAUAUCAGGCUGGCAACGUCCACUAUCCUUGAUUUGAAAUUAAUUAUUGCUCCAUCUAGUCCCUUAUUUAUGUCCGUUAAUCCGUUACGAA